CCAACAUUUAUGUCGGGGAUUCUGCGGCAGAAUGUUUAUUGCUAAUUACAUAGCGUAGUGAGGAUUCCAGGAUUUCAGAAAUAGUUACUCCAGCUUGCUCUGAAAUCAUAUUCUGCGCAGUAUAUUCUGUCAAAUAUAUAUAUAUCGGGAAAAUGAAAUCUAAAGAUUCUUACUGAACAUGUUUUCUUACUUGGUACUACUGUCAGUGGUUCUAAUGUCAGUUUAGAGUGCGAUCUGUCAUUCAGUUUAUUUACAGCGUCAUUAAGAGAAUGUUAACCGGUAUUGUUUUGUGAAAUCUGAGGGUCCAUAAUGUUAUGUUUCCCUCACAGAAUCAUUGUUUAGAUUAUUUUCCAUGAGUUAUAAGAAAUAUCAGUGCUUUUAAACAGAAAUUUUGCAAGUAAUAGUCACCUUACAAAGCUGAUAUAAAACAGAGUUCACCAACCAGUGCGGGUGAAACCGGCACCCCAUGGGGGUAACACCGGCACCCUCAAUUUGUCAGAAAAUAUUCUUAACACCAGCUGAACCAGUUUGAAUGUGGCAACCGCCAAAUGGGAGGUAUUACAAUUCUAGUUGUCGCUAUCGAAUAUGGUUCGAAUCGCUCAACUGAUUCCGGAGAUAUGGUCGGAACAAGCGCCGGCGAACAUGGAAUAUGGAAAAGAAGAGAAUUUGAUAUUAGGCAAAUCUAUAAUGCGGCACCUCAAACCACACCACAAUUCAAUUACUUGUUCGAUGGAAUCUAGGUCCUAGUUUCAAGCUUACCACUUUUCACAAAACAUGAUCCUGUAAUGUAGACAUGGAGAUUCCAAAGUCUUGCAAGCACGUUUGACGGAAACUCCACCAGCGAUUGCCUCUGUUGCAAGAAUGAGGUUGUCCUGGGAUCAACUGGCACGAUUUGAUUUCCUUGGGAGCUGCGAUGCAUCUGAAAUAGAUGGAAAAUAUGUCCCAAUAACCUUCAAAUAAACGGAAAUCAUGCCGGGAUUACUCCACUCAAAGGGUGACGGUCUUACCCCAACAGCAUACAUUUUUUAAGAAGACUAUUUGUAUUAAUUUAUCGCUUUAACUUAACUCAUCUCGUUUCCCAAUGAUAGUUAACAAUCCAAAAGACAAACUGUAGAACAACGAAAAAGGAUUUGAAAUCUCGUUCAAGAAUAAAAGCUUAAACUCCACUACUGAAAAAUUAUAUGUUAAUAUAUGCGUUUAUAUGCGUUUAUUUUGUUUAAUAUUAUAACAUUCGACGGAUCACGGUGGGUUGGAUUUGAUUGAAAACGCCUAAAAUAAUAAAUACUAACAUGUACAGUGUUCAAAAACAUAGUUAAUUAGAGUUCAAGGGGUGCCGCCAGUUCUUACCCCCAGUUCCCCUAUGAAUGGUACGAGGCAUUCAAAGGCGGUCGAGAGGAGAAGAACGAUUUGCCACGUCAAGGACGAUCAACCACCUCUUCAACUGAUGAAAAAUAUCUACAAAAUAAAAGGAAUGGUGCUCGGAAAUUGUCAUUUAAGUAGAUGGAGUGGCGUAGCGAGACCUUGGCGGUUGUCAAAAAUGAAACCCCCCAAAUAAAAUUUUUUCUCAAGUCUUUGUUGGUUUUUAAUGAAAAAUCAAAUUUAUCGAACCCAGAAACUUAUCUCAGGAAAUACCACAGAAACGCAAACGAUUAGCAACAAACUAAUUUCAAAAUUAGGAAGCAUUCCUUGGAAGUCCCAUAAUUCCCUUUUUACACUUGACAAAACAAUUAGAGGAACAAAGUGCGAAAUUUUUUGGUGGUUUUUGCUGUAACUUCGUGAAAAAUCAACGCAAGAAGAUGCGAUGUAGGUACAUCACUUUAAAGCUUAAACAUUCAAGUUUAGUAAUAGUUUAGGAACGAAAGUUGUGAUCCGUUCAUUUCGAGGGUACACAUAACAUUUUGUGUUUCUGGAAUAAUUUACGAUAAAGUGCUCCUCUAAUUAACUCCAAACCGUUAAAACGUUUUAUUCAAUGAGAAACGUUCACAGGAUACAUUCGGCAAAAAAAUUGCCUGCGAACAUUCGAACUUACUGCAAUAUUAAAAACACUAUAACAAUCCUGUUUUUGGCACGUUUUUGAAAACGAUGCAAAAAAUUCAAAUAACUUUUUUUCGUCGAAGUAACGGAUCAUCAUUGUACAUAAUUUAGUGUUGUUUGCUGCCUUUCCAUUUGCGGUGUGAUAAUCAUUUAAUGAAUUUAUCAUUAUCAAACACGAAGAGAAAAUUUUUCAUUCAAUCAAAAAUAUAUCUGUAUUGAAAGACCCUACAGAAACGUUAUAGGCUUUCAAACGAAAGUUGGUUGAUAAGGUUAAAUGAAUUUGGCAAACAAUUAUGUUAGUCUACAAAAUGAUUUAAAAAAACGGAAAGAAAUCGAUUGUUAAUUUCUUCCCGAUAUAUUUGUCCACUACAUCUACACACACCAAGAUAAAAAUACGUACGUAUAAUAUUCCUAAAGUUUGAGCUAUAAAAUGAUGCACAUCCUGACUCCAUGCGUUGAUUUUCCACAAAAUUGCAGCAUUCAAGGAUCGCCUAAAAAUAUCGACUUCGAACGCUGUUCCUCUUAUUUUUCAUCGAGUGUAUUAUUCAUUCCCCAUCAACUUAUGUAUGUAAAGCAUCGCGAACAUAAACUAUCCAUUAUUUAGGUAGUAUUCCAGUGUGUUUUAAUUUUCCAAAGUGUUUUAUUUCUCUAGUGCAAGCUGUAUUCAAACGGUCUUUAUCAAGACCCAAGUACCACAUUUAUCCAAUUAAUGAACUGUCAACAUCGAGGUCACCAAAGGAUCCGCCAUUCCCAUCAAUGGUCAGAAUCACCAAAUGGUCUUUUUGAUUAGACUGCUUCAUGAACCUCUAGUAGAAGAAAUUCGUGCAGUCGAUCUGUUAUUUGAGCUUUCGGCAGGAUCUCACGAAACUUCAAUAACUUUGAGCAGCCCAUCGCUGUACGCAUAAGUCUCCGUCGAGUUGGAUCUAUAAACCCAAUGAAUACGCAUUUAUAUUUUACUUUCUUAACAAAACCGUGACCUGCUCCAUUCGAUCCUGACACGAUUCGAACGAUUGUGCAAUGCACUCCAUGAAAUAUCAACCGUUACUCUCAAGGUCGUGAAGGAUCGUUACUCAAAUCAGCAGCCUUUUCUACCCAAAACGAAAAAAACUUAAGGCAGAAUCUAUUUCAUGGACCAUGGUGAAAUUUUGGACGUAGGAGUACGUCUUUAUUUUCGCUAGACUUACUCAAAUCCACUUGUUAAUUUAUUCCAAAAUUUUUAUACUACUCUAAUUCUAAAAACUUGUUUGUGGAAUACUAAUCCAUGCAACAAACGGCUCUUUUCACCAUUUGGAAUAUAAGAUUAGUAAAAUCUACAAAUUUCUGAACAAUUACAAGAAUCAAUUAAAAAAAAUUUUGAACUUUUACAGUCUUACGUUAAGCUUUGGUUGGUGCCCUUUGGGGCCCGCAAAUACUAAUCGAAGAAUCCACAAUAUUCUUUGGAUCGUUCCUCAAUGAAACGAAUUGGGUCAUGUAAACUGUAAACUGUCAAAACCAUUUUAGGUUUAUGUGCAUAAUAUGCGCUCCAUGAUACAAACUAGCUGAAUUCAAACGGUUCUCUGCGUAUACUUGAAUUUUGUUGAAUUACAGGCAUUUCUGGACUAGGUUCAUUAGGACUAGGACUAGAAUGUAGGAAAUCUAGAUCAACAUGUCAAAAGGGUCUAUUUUCUUUGAUCGAUUCUCUUCAUCUACAUUCUCUUUCAUCAAUAACUCAGAAGUAACAGGAUUUCCUGAUGUGUUCGACGAUAAGGAGUGUGAAAGGGGACCUCGUUUGUCAAAUUACAUGGCAAAACUGGAGCAAAAUCUGUCUGAAAGGCCGUGUUUAUCGAAAGAGAAAGUCGGUGAAGAGAUUCGAUCAAACAAGAUAGACCCUUUUGACAUGUUGAUCUAGAUAUCAGUUAAUGUGACUGUUAUUGUAUGUUUUUUUUAUCAAUGAUCCAAGGUAAAAAAAUGAUUGGUUGACCAUCUUGAGCAGUGUUGUUACCAGGGUUGCCAACUAUAAUUUGAAAAAAUCAGGAAGAAUGAAAUAAAAAAUCAGGAUAAAUGAGGAUAGCUCAUAUUGGGUUGUCCGAAAAGUUAAUGUCGAUUUUUGGGAAAACAAAAACAAAAACUUCAGAGUAUAUCUUCCUUCGGGCGAAGACCGGAUAUGUAAAAGAAUUAAUAAGCAUGGUAUAAAUCCUCGCAUGAGCGGAAAUGCUAGUGUUUCGCCUGACUUUAUGCUCGUUUAUAUUUUUCCCGGAAAACUUACAGCAUCACUACAGUCAAUUGCAGAGAAAUCAAUAUUCAAAUUUGCACUGAAUCAUCCAUAUUUUGGAAUAAAUCUUCACUCAACAAAUGAGAAAAGCAUAUCAGCAAAGGAAGACUUUUUCCUAAUUUUUAUGAUAUUUAGUACAGUUAUAGAUAUAUUUACCAUAGUCCCAUCAUUAAAGUUUAUUUUACUUAGAAAUGUACUCCUACAUUAAUAACUCUGGGGAUACAUCUACAUACACAUUAUGCCCAAUAAAGCAAUGUUGUUCCUCAAACAUAAUCUCGUUGUAAUUUCAUACAUUCGUCAGACAAUCUGGUUUCAUGAAAUUUUCUAGCGCUGCUUUGGGAAGCCACAAAACAAUUGAGAGUAGGAAUAAAAAAAAGUUAAGUACACAGUUUAACUUAAUGUAAGUGCGAACCGGAGAACUAUCAUGACAGAAAACUUUGGAAAACUAUCAUGAACUCAAACUUACGUGGGAAAUUCCAAUGCACAAUUCACAGUUGGUAAGCGGGCGCGUCAUUCCUCUUAUCUUGGCAUUUGUUACGAUCCACACCGGCAGUGAGAAAUAGGUGGAUAAAUUUUGAAGUCGGAGCUGACCAUUUCUACCCUCAUGUUAAAACCAACAUUUGCUGCGCAUAACGCAUUUCAUGUGGUUAACCCUAUUAUUUUUUAUUAUGUGUCUCAUAUUCAUUUGUGAAGUGUGUGCAUCCAAAUGGGCUUGCGGUAUUGACAUAAUAAUAACUUAUUAUUAUGCGUUAAUGAAUUCUCUCCAUCAAAUCCGUCGAUGGCUCUCCAUCGGUUUUGUAUUGAAAUUUGAUGAGAUUAUUUGCGCUACUUGAGGUGGGGUGAUUGAUGGCAUAAUAUUUACAUGUGCGGCCCCAAGUAUCUUUCUGUGUUGAGAUAUCACUUCGGGACAGUUCACUUGUUGAUGCUUGUCAUUAAAAAAUGAUUUGACAUCAGCAAAUUAUUCCGAUGUCAGUUCAUUAAGGAAAAAUAACAUGAACAAACAUGGUGUACGAUUCCAUCCCGGUGGCGAAUGUUAUGAUCUGUGCCAUACAAGAAGCCAUAGUGUGGAGCGAAGGUGGCUAACAUUAAAACCAGAAGUGAUUUUGCGCAUUUCUACUGCGAAAUGCACCUUUCUUCUGGAAGGCCCAUUCAAACUCAAAGACCCUGGCAGCAAAGCUGCUCCAGGUGCAGAAAUAAUUAUUAUUGAUAAUCUGAAAGCGAGUGGGCAACGUUUGAAUCGCCCACGUAAAGCUGCAGCAUGAUUUGCCUUUCUGGUCUUGCCGCGAAAUGUGACUUUCGAUAGAGGAACAGAAUGUGGGCGUGAAUAGGGUGAAAAAUAAUUAUGUUGACGGUGGUAAUCAUGAAAAGUGAAACAUAACAAUUGCAUCGAUCCGCGGAAUAAAUGGGGCAGUUGGUUGGCUUGAUGGUUUGCUGACGAACUAUUUUUGCGUUUUUUCAUCAAAAUUAUCUUUCGAAAAACAAUCUAGCAAAUGAAUUUAUAAAUUCCGAUAUAAAUAGCUGAGAAGGUGUUAGUCAACAUGCGAGAACAAUUGCGACCAAUAGUUUGGAAAUUCUACUCAACAUCUCUCUUCGGUGCACUACUUAUGCUCUUACCACCCAACUAUGUCAUGCCCAUUGAAACCCCGGAACCAGCGGCCUUGCUACGGCCUCGUGACAUCAAUCCACAUCCUUAUGACAAUGCGUACGAUGGGGUCAGCAUUUUCGACAAGAGCGUGAUAGUAAACAGCGGCAAAUUAAACGAAAACCUCUUUAACCAAAGUCCCAUCCAGUUCCCGCGGCUUGUAACGACCGCCGCGAUGAAUGCAUUGCCCCAUCCGUACGAGAAAUUUGCGCUGAAAGAGCGUCUCGCGAAAACCGAGCGUUUUUCCGGGCCGGAUAAUCAAAUAGUGAAACCGGCAUAUAGAGCCCUCGCCAAGUACGCGGCAAGGGUUUUGAAUCAACACGCAGGUAGACAGUAUGAUGACGGCGAGACUGAUAGUUAUAAUGAUGCAUCGGAUCAGAAAAAACACUACGUUUUCUCCUACUCAGUCAAAGACGCAGCAUCUGGAGAUGAUUUCUCGCAUACACAACAACAGCAGGUUAAUGGUGCUGUGAAAGGAAGCUACAAAGUUCAACUACCAGAUGGACGAAUGCAGAUAGUCAAAUAUGUGGCGGACAAUAAUGGUUAUCGAGCGGAUGUAACCUAUGAGAAUGAUCACAACCUCAAUGUAAUCAAACACGUGAAUCCAACGCAGGCUGUUGUUCAGGUGCCAGUGGCCGCAGUGCCCGUAACGUCUCCUCUGGCAUCAGCACAGCCGAUCUAUAACUACUACAAAAAUCUCCAGCAGCGCCAACAACUCGCCCAUCAGCAGGCGACAAUUCAACAACAGCAACUUCAGAAUCCUAUUUACUAUGCACGAACAACUCCAACCCAAAUCCCCGCUCCAUAUUACCCAUCCCGUUUGCAAGUUAAUGGUGUAAAAAUUCAUAGCUACAACACCGCUCCACAUGCCAAUUCAUUAGUUCAAGCUACCAUCCCCCCAUCGUCUAGGGGAUAUAUAACCUACCAAACUCCGGCGAAUCUGGCUUACGUAUCAUCCACCCCCAAUCCUGUUCAGAUUCAAUCGAACACGCUAGCACAAGCCGGUCUCGUACCGGUGGUUGUGACCACUGCUCAUCCCUCAUUAGUUUACAGGGACAUCAACAUAAACCCAACAGUCCCGUCCCCACGAAGAACUACGAUAUACACCCCGCCAACUCCCGUGGAACAGAGCCAACCUGCGUAUGAUUACGAUUAUGUUCAAAUUCCGGCCAGCAACCACGUGUACAAGAGAAACAGUGAAAAGGACAGCCAGGUGAUUACGAGUUCCAAACAGAUGAAGCCCUCCAAGCUGGCGAUGAAGUGACGUGGAGUACGAUGUAUCCCAAGAAUAGCAAAAUAUAGUUAUAAUUCGAAUCCGGACGAGCUGUGUUAUCAUUCAUCAUUUUCAGUCUGAUUCUCAAGCACUUUUCAUUUACAAAUGUGGUACCUGUUGUAUAUUUAGAAUU